AUGCUAGUUCCACCCGCUAACUUUGGGAUAGCAGAAGAAGGAAUUUAUCGAUGCUCCAAGAUCGAGACACUCAAUUUAUCUUUCUUGGAAACGCUCAACCUUAAAACCGUUAUAUUUGUAGGGGGACAGGAGCCUUCCAAGUUUUUUCGUGAGUUUUUUGAGCGUUCCGGCGUGCAAUGGUUCGUCGUAAGAAUUACGGAUGUGUCUUCAAAUCUUGCACCAGUCAAUGCAAGUGGCGGCAAAUCGAAAAACGAGGAAGAAUCUCCGAGGAGUAAUGGAAAUGCGGCACAUGGGGAUUAUGAACUAAACGAUAAUGACGAUUUGAUGAUGAUUAAGAGUUAUAGCCUAAAACGAACCUUUGAGCUAUUACUCAACACGUCCAACCAUAACACAAUCCUUGUUGACAAAACAUCUAUAGUGGUUGGGGUUCUGCGAAAGAUACAAAAAUGGAACAUAUCAUCCAUCAUAAAUGAAUACAGGCUAUUCGCUACUAAGAAUUCUAACUACUUUGCCGAGACCUUGUUAGAGAUGAUCAACGUCCGCAUAGUGCAGGAGGAGGAGGACAAGCUGGUUCUGGAUAAUCUAGCGACUCUUCAAAUCCAGGAAUCUGGCGGUGCUAACGACCUUAGCGGCUGUGGCAAGUGGGAGAUAGUCAACGAAUCGGACCUCAUAUUUCCUCCCAAGAUACCGACUCAUCUCCUGCGCAUUUUGAAGGACGUGCAGGCUGACAAUGAGGAUGCUGGUGUUCUGGUGGAUUUGAAGCUUCCUGCAAUGACCAGAACGCAGUCUGAUCUCGGCAUAUUCGGGAAUCGCUAUCGACUGGCUUUCAAUAAAAAAGAGCGGGCCGAUUAUGACUUCUAUAAGGGUGGGAAUCACAACGUAAUAACGUUCCACAUUCCACGGGAAGGUCUUCUGCCUAGCUGGUUCACUCGUCAGCGGGAUAUGUGGGAGAGCGAAAAUGCUCAGGAAGAACACAACUUUUACACUGAGAGCAUAUUUGUGUGA